AUAUUCGGCGCAUCCCCAAUAUAAUUCCGAGCGGCACUUCCGGUCUGUAGCGGAAACCCAAAGCUGCUGUGUAAUUGUGGACUUUAGCUGCUGAAGCGGUUCCAUUUUUCUCCGACGGAAACAAGUUGUGCCUACGUUAAAAAUGCCGGACUAUUUAGGAGACGACCAGAGGAAGACCAAAGAAGAGGAAAAGGAUGACGCCCCCAUCAGAGCUCUGGAUGAAGGCGACAUCGCUCUGCUCAAAACAUAUGGUCAAAGCACAUACUCCAGACAGAUCAAACAAGUGGAGGAUGACAUUCAGCAGCUUCUCAAAAAGAUCAACGAGCUGACAGGCAUCAAAGAGUCAGACACAGGCCUGGCUCCACCAGCGCUCUGGGAUCUGGCUGCUGACAAGCAGACUCUUCAAAGUGAACAGCCGCUGCAGGUUGCAAGAUGCACAAAGAUCAUCAAUGCAGACUCCGAGGAUCCCAAAUACAUCAUCAAUGUGAAACAGUUUGCCAAGUUUGUGGUGGACCUGAGUGACCAGGUGGCUCCCACUGACAUCGAGGAGGGCAUGAGGGUCGGGGUUGACAGGAACAAGUACCAGAUCCACAUUCCUCUGCCUCCAAAAAUCGACCCCACCGUUACUAUGAUGCAGGUGGAGGAGAAGCCUGAUGUGACUUACAGUGAUGUGGGAGGAUGUAAGGAGCAGAUCGAGAAGCUGAGAGAAGUGGUUGAAACUCCGCUGCUCCACCCUGAAAGGUUUGUCAAUCUGGGGAUUGAGCCUCCUAAAGGCGUGUUGCUCUUCGGGCCCCCCGGCACGGGAAAGACCCUGUGCGCCCGAGCCGUCGCCAACCGCACCGACGCCUGCUUCAUCAGAGUCAUCGGCUCUGAGCUGGUGCAGAAGUACGUGGGAGAGGGAGCCAGGAUGGUGCGGGAGCUGUUUGAGAUGGCCAGGACCAAGAAGGCCUGUCUGAUCUUCUUUGAUGAAAUCGACGCCAUUGGAGGUGCUCGUUUUGACGAUGGCGCCGGGGGUGACAAUGAGGUCCAGAGGACUAUGCUGGAGCUCAUCAACCAGUUAGACGGCUUCGACCCCCGAGGCAACAUCAAAGUGCUGAUGGCCACAAACAGACCCGACACGUUGGACCCGGCCCUGAUGAGGCCCGGACGUCUGGACAGGAAGAUCGAGUUCAGUCUGCCUGAUCUGGAGGGACGCACCCACAUAUUUAAGAUCCAUGCGCGCUCUAUGAGUGUGGAGAGAGACAUUCGCUUUGAGCUUCUGGCUCGCCUCUGUCCCAACAGCACCGGUGCUGAGAUCCGCAGCGUGUGCACAGAGGCAGGGAUGUUCGCCAUCAGGGCUCGCAGGAAGAUCGCCACAGAGAAGGACUUCCUGGAGGCUGUGAACAAGGUCAUCAAAUCCUACGCCAAGUUCAGCGCCACCCCCAGAUACAUGACCUACAACUAAGAAAACUGUGUUUCUGAUGUGAAGUUUCACUGUCAAAAAAAACAAACUAAGUCAGACCUGUAAGUCUUUUUGGUUUCAAGUAAAAAUAAAGUUUAUUCCAGA